AUGAAGCUACAAGAUACCCGAAUUACCCCCUCCAAGAUCUGCAACGUCGACACACACGUCUCCCUCGCCUUUGCAGGCUUAAACGCGGACGCCCGCAUUCUCGUUGACAAGGCCCGCCUGGAAGCGCAGUCACAUCGCCUCACGGUCGAAGAUCCCGUAUCGAUAGAGUACAUCACCAAGUAUGUUGCGGGAGUACAGCAGAGAUACACGCAGAGUGGCGGUGUGAGGCCGUUUGGCAUCAGUACGCUGAUCGUUGGCUUCGAUCCCAACGACAAGACUCCACGGUUGUACCAAACUGAACCUUCUGGUAUUUACUCGGCAUGGUAG